UCUUUUUUAGUGAGUAGGCCCCGACGACGCAGUUACUGUGCGGCUCACAGACUCCAUAUUUUUUUCAGUUUCAGAUCAGUUUUUCUAUAGCUUUUAAACCAGAACGAAAUUUCAGUCUUCAGGAAGUAGUAAUCAAAAAAUUCGUAUCGGAAACCCUCUGUCUUGUUCUUUUGGUUGUUAGGUAUUGAGAUUUGGAUUUGGGUCCUCGAUAGCCUCGAUAGCAAGCAGUUUAGAUGUCUUUUGUGAGCUCCCGCCGAGUUCCGAAUCCCCGUCCUGAUCGAGUGCGCAGCAGCCCAAGGACCUCCGAGAUGCUCACCCGUCGCCAAUCGGCUCCAUCCAUGGCCAUAAUACCGGAGGAGGAGCAGGAGCAGGUGGACCCCACACCAGUGGUGGUGGCAACCAAGCAGAAAUCACCGGACACAACUCCAGCUGGCGAAGUGGUGCCCUUGCGGGAGGAGGAUCCCCAGAUGACUCAACCGGGUUUGGAGAGUCCCCGACCGACUGAGGGAACGCGGAUCGGAGCCAUGGAUGAUUUCCUGGUCUCGCUGCUCGAGUGUCCAGUGUGCUUUGGCUACAUGAUGCCGCCAAUUAUGCAGUGCGCCUUGGGUCACCUGCUCUGCUCCAGCUGCCGGAGGAAGGUGACCCUCUGUCCCGUCUGCCGGGUCUCGUUGACCAACAUCCGGAGUCUGGCCAUGGAGAAGGUGGCCUCCAAGCUGGUCUUCCCCUGCAUGCACUCGGCAUUUGGCUGUCGAGCUAGGCUUUCUUAUGCUGACAAGCAGAUCCACGAGGAGGAUUGCGACUGGCGUCCGUACUUCUGUCCGUAUCCGGAUGACAAGUGCAUCUGGCAGGGUCCCUUGAAGGAUGUCUACCAGCAUUUGAUCAGCUCGCACGAGAAUGUCAUCACGAUGGAGGGCAACGACAUCAUCUUUUUGGCCACCAAUGUGAAUCUGGAGGGUGCUUUGGACUGGACAAUGGUGCAAUCGUGCCAUGGAAGGCACUUCCUGCUCUCGCUGGAGAAGAUCAACCUGGGCGAGGGCUGCCAGCAGUACUUCACCGCCUGCCGGAUGAUUGGAACGAUGCGGGAUGCCGCCGAGUUCGUGUACAACAUCUCGCUGGAGGCCAACAAUCGCGUCCUGCGAUGGCAGUCCAAGCCGAGAUCGAUCCGCGAGAGCUUCGUCUCGUUCACCAACGCCGACUUUCUGGUGCUCAACAAGACCACCGUGGAGCUCUUCUCCGAGGACGGCAAUCUCGCCCUGAACGUGGUCAUCAGGAGGGCGCAGGACGUCGGCCAGAGCCACAUUUGAGCGCACAGGAUCAGGAUCUCUAGUUAAGCUUAGUGUCGACUUUCUUCCCAAUUUGAUAGCCGUCAAUGUACUCCAUAUGUGUACGCCACAUAGAUGCAAUUGAGAAAAUAUAUUUUAUGCCCCAAGUGGGCUAUGUCAAAUCAA